AUGCUCUUCAAUCCAGCAAAGGACAUCCCUGACCUCUCAGGGAAAGUCAUCGUUGUGACUGGCGGCAGCAGCGGUCUCGGCAAAGAGAGUGUACAUCAGUUUGUCAAACACAACCCCGACAAAGUGUACCUCGCUGCCCGAACAAGCCAGCGAGGCAAUGCCGCAAUCGAAGAGAUCGAAAAAGACGUCCCAUCCGCAAGAGGAAAGAUCCACUAUCUCGAGGUUGACAUGGCCUCUUUCGCGUCUGUCAACCGAGCCGCUGCUCGUAUUGUUUCCGAAAACGACCGACUGGACAUCUUGAUGAACAACUCUGGUAUAGCAGAUGCACCUCCAAGCUCAACCACCGAUGGCUAUGAAAUCCAAUUCGGCACCAAUUACAUGGGACCCACACUCUUUACACAGCUUUUGCUACCUCUACUGCAAAAGACAGCAGAACAACCCAACAGCGAUGUCCGCAUCAUAAACCUCAGCUCUGAACUGUUCAAACAAGCUCCUAGCCAAGGCAUCAUGUUCGCCGACUUGAAAUCGCCAAUGCAAAAGGCUGGCUCUGUAACCAAAUACGGGCAAUCUAAACUCGCAAACUAUCUGUUUACCAAGGUGUGCGCUGAGAGGUACCCUGCCAUUAAAUCUGUUGCUCUUCAUCCUGGUAUGGUCAACACUUCUGUCUGGGACAACACGUUCAAUAGACCGUAUGUGGGCCGGAUGAUGGGGAUGGUUAUGAGGCCCUUCCUGACCAACGUACACGACGGUGCAAAGAGGCAGCUAUGGGCAAGCACAGCAAAGAAGAGCGAGGUCAGAAACGGUGCUNUUUACACAGCCAAUGGCGGCGAGUAUACCCAGGCGAUACUCAAGAACGAUAAACUUGCGAAAGAGCUGUGGGCAUGGACUGAGAAAGAGUUCGCAAAGCACGGGUUCUGA